UGACGCAGGGCUUUUAUGUCACGAACUCGCGUCUUUAGCUUUUAGCUAACGGCUAGCGGCCGGUCAUCAACAUGACGCUCAUAUCCUGAUAUCAAGCAGAAAUUAAGGAACCGACAGGGCUGAAUGGGAUAGACGGCAGGCCUUUACCUGGAGGUCAGAGCCACAUGAACAAGAUGCCUCAGAGCAUCCUCAAGAGCACUCAUUACAUUGAGCUGGGCAGCUAUCAGUACUGGCCCGUGCUUGUGCCCAGAGGGAUCCGAUUAUACACCUUUGAACAGAUCCCAGUGUUUCUGAAGGAGAAUCCCUACAUCACUGAUGGAUACAGAGCACAUCUGCCUUCCAAACUGUGCCUCAAAAGCAUAUUCAUUCUGUCCAAUGAGACGGUGAACAUCUGGAGUCAUCUGCUUGGGUUCCUGCUGUUCUUCUCGCUGGGAGUGAAUGACAUGGCCACAGUCCUGCCGUCUGCAGGGGCGUCACGAGAGGACUACGUCAUUUAUUCAAUCGGACUGUUUUGUUUUCAGGUUUGCAUGCUGUGCUCUGUGGGCUAUCACUUGUUCUGUUGUCAUCGCUCGGAGAAGACGUGUCGCCGCUGGCUUGCUCUGGACUAUGCUGGAAUAUCUGUGGGCAUUUUGGGAUGUUAUGUGCCUGGAGUCUUCUAUGCCUUCUACUGCAACAGUUUUUGGAGGCAGGUGUACCUGCUGACGGUGCUGGCUCUCAUCUUGGCUGUGUUUGCGGCUCAGAUCCAUCCGCUCUACCUCACACAGCAGUGGAAAAAACUGCGCUCUGUCAUGUUCUGCUCUGUGGCCGGAUACGGCAUCAUCCCAGCCUGCCACUGGGUCUGGAUCAAUGGAGGAUUCCACUCUGAAAUCGUAAAGGUGUUUUUUCCUCGAGUCAUGAUCAUGUAUUUGAUUGCCGCCUCAGCAUUCCUUUUCUACGUCAGUAAAAUCCCAGAGCGAUACUUUCCAGGCCAGCUGAACUAUCUUGGAGCCAGUCAUCAGCUCUGGCACGUUCUGGUGGUGGUCAUGUUCUACUGGUGGCACCAGACCGCUGUCUACGUCAUGACAUACAGACACAGUCAGCCCUGCACAGACUACAGCACUCAUGGUUAAACAUGGUUAUAAAAUCAUAUGAGCCAUUUGUUCAACCGAUUCAUUUGGCAUUAUUUUAAGUUGUGCUAAAUAGUCCAACAAUGACACUUUACCUCAUUUGCCUUUGAUCACCCUACUGUAGGGUUACGUGCAAUGAAAAUCAUGUUUCCUCAUAUGUUUCAUACAUAUUCUUUGCUGGAUAUUAAGAGUCUUUGUCUGUUACUUUAUGUAUUAUGUUUUCUACUGAGCCUUUUUCCCAUUGUAUCAUUGGGGUUGUGAAACAAUACAUGCUGUUAAUAUGCCUCACUCUGGAAUGUCCUUAAUUGAAAUGCGCUUGACUGUUACUGUUCUGUAACUGAUGAAUUAUAUGGUAGAGGAUAAUACUGUAAUUUAGUGAUUCUUUUUUAUUUGUUUGUUUGGUAAAAUGAGCUGGUUUGAUGUAUUAAACUAAUUUGAGUUCAUAUAUAAAGCAGCACUGGGAGCUGGGCAUUUAAAUGACCAAGGAACCUUACUUCAGUACUUUGUGCGAACAAUGGGUCAAAAUCACAAUAGUUGCACUAAAUUGCUAAUGAACAUAUAUCAUGUUACUGUUUCUCAUCAUUUUUUGAACUAAUGUUGAUGGUUUGAUUUUCUCUAUUUGAUUAUUUGGAAUGAUUUAAACUGCCUGAAUUAAUAUCUAUCUGAAUGGUGAAACUGAAUAAAAACAAAAUCUUGUUUGU